AUGUGCGUGGAGCUAAUUCUGAGUUCUCUGAGCCCUCUUCUUCCACCAGCUCCAUUUAUUGAUCCCGCGGUCUUGCAGCUUCAUGACGACGACCCUGUUCCAGAGGAUGCUACCGAGGACGACUUUGCCUUCGUCAAUUCCACCGAUGAUGACGUUACCUCGUAUGAUGGGGCAGGUGACGAUUUUGAUGAAGACUCAAGAUCGGCCCAAUUUGCGGACAACGGUUCAGCGUCAUCGUCUGUGUUCGAUGAUAAUCCUCCCUCUGAGAUCACCCUUCGGUCUCUGCGCGGGGAAAGAUGUCGCAAGUCCGAUGGCAGCGUCGACGACGAUGCCAACCAAGAGAUUGGAUCGCACGCCACCCAUCAUGCUACCCCCGAGAAUGUUGGCAAUAACGGCUCUACAUCUUCACCCUGCAGCAAUGAUGUUCUUUCCGAAGCUCAGAAGUUUGACUAUGCCCUUUGCCAAAUCACCGAUCGUAUUCUCCAUGACAAAAAACUGUCGAAGUUUGAUUUCGACAGGAUUACUGAUGGUUUGAGUUUUGCCCAACAGUGUGAACUGGAAAACUGGAGAUCUUGCCUCGACCCAACAACCCCGAAGGAGUGGAAGAUAUGGCUAUUUCCAAACUGUCCUGGCCCGGGAAUGGGUGAUGUCAAGAUGUGUGUCACCACCUCGUGCCGUCUGCUGGCGCGGUGUGAGAGCACCCGUAUCCAAUUCUUUCCACGGUAUGGGGUUCAGUGCAACAGGCACAGACGCAGAGAGAGCGAGUCAGCCCAGGACAAGAAUGAUCUCUGGUGCAUGGUGCAAUGGCCUGAAUGUACCGGCGACCCGUUAGGAGGGCUUUGUUGCAGACUCCUCUCUCGUGCCGCUGGUGACAUGGCGCUCGGACGGACCAUCAUGUGCGCAUUGAAAGGACAAUGUGAAGAACAUCAGGCAGAGGAGUCGGAUGAUGACGAUGAAAACGAAGUUAGGAGGCUUCAGGAGAUGUUGUUGAAGCAAGCCGGCGUGAGGGGGUGGAGGAGUUGA